CUGCUUCCUGGUUGCCAGCUGGCGCCUCGGGCCAGGCUCCCCUCCCGCGAUGCUGCCCUACACCGUGAAUUUCAAGGUGUCGGCCCGCACCCUCACCGGGGCCCUCAACGCCCACAACAAGGCGGCGGUGGACUGGGGCUGGCAAGGUUUAAUUGCUUAUGGAUGUCAUUCGCUCGUAGUAGUGAUUGAUUCAAAUACUGCCCAGACUCUUCAAGUCUUGGAGAAGCAUAAAGCUGAUGUUGUCAAGGUUAAGUGGGCCAGGGAGAAUUACCACCAUAACAUUGGCUCACCCUAUUCCUUGCGCUUAGCCUCCGCUGAUGUCAACGGGAAGAUCAUCGUGUGGGACGUGGCGGCGGGAGUGCCUCAGUGUGAGAUUCAAGAGCACGUGAAGCCUGUCCAGGACCUGCAGUGGCUGUGGAAUCAAGAUGCCUCCCGGGAUUUACUGCUCGCCAUCCACCCGCCAAACUACAUCGUGCUCUGGAACGCAGACACGGCCACCAAGCUGUGGAAAAAGAGCUACGCAGACAACAUCCUCUCAUUUUCCUUUGACCCUUUUGAUCCCUCACACGUAACACUGCUUACCAGCGAGGGGAUUAUAUUCAUUUCCGACUUCUCUCCAUCCAAGCCGCCCUCCGGGCCUGGGAAGAAAGUGUACAUAUCCAGCCCGCACUCAAGCCCGGCACAUGCCAAGCUGGCCGCAGCCACCGGUGCCAAGAAGGCACUGAAUAAAGUGAAAAUUUUAAUCACUCAAGAGAAGCCCAGUCCUGAGUUCGUCGCACUCAACGAUUGCCUUCAGCUGGCCUACUUGCCUUCCAAGAGGAACCACAUGUUGUUACUCUACCCCCGAGAGGUUUUAAUCCUGGACCUGGAGGUGAAUCAGACGGUGGGGGUCAUCGCCAUCGAACGGACAGGAGUCCCAUUUGUUCAGGUAAUACCCUGCUUUCAGCGUGACGGUUUGUUUUGCCUGCAUGAAAACGGCUGUAUCACCUUACGUGUGCGCCGAUCCUAUACCAGUAUUUACAGCACUUCCAGUGAGGAGCCGGAUCCAGAGCCCGUCCAGGAGCUGACCUAUGACCUUCGCAGCCAGUGUGAUGCCAUCAGGGUGACCAAAACCGUCCGCCCGUUCAGCAUGGUGUGCUGUCCGGUCAACGAGAACGCGGCCGCCCUCGUUGUGAGCGACGGGCGGGUCAUGAUCUGGGAGCUGAAGUCGGCCGUUGGUAACCGAGGCCUCCGCAGCGGCAGCUCUGGCGUGUCGCCCCUGUACUCCCCGGUGUCUUUCUGUGGGAUUCCUGUAGGCGCGCAGCAGAACAAACUCCCAGACCUUUCCCUGGAGGACAUGAUUGGACAGAGCGCCAUUGCUGGAGAAGACCAUCCCAAAGGCCCCAUCCCCCAGGAAGUGCACCUCCGAUUUCUGCUCACGGGCCUGCUGUCUGCGCUGCCUUCCCCUCCGCUUGCUGUCCGUAUGUGCCCGCCUCUGACCACAAAGAACAUCAAGAUGUACCAGCCCCUGCUCGCUGUGGGCACCGGCAGCGGCUCUGUGCUGGUGUACCACCUGACAAGCGGACUGCUGCACAAGGAGCUGAGUGUCCACUCGUGUGAAGUCAGAGGUAUCGAAUGGACAAGCUUGACUGGCUUUCUUUCUUUUGCUACCUCAACACCGAACAACCUGGGGCUGGUGAGAAAUGAACUUCAGCUGGUUGAUCUCCCAACAGGUAGAAGCAUUGCUUUUCGCGGUGACCGAGGAAAUGAUGAGCCACCCAUCGAAAUGAUUAAAGUGUCUCAUUUGAAGCAGUAUUUGGCAGUUGUCUUCAAAGAUAAACCCCUGGAGCUAUGGGAUGUUCGGACGUGUACCCUCCUCAGAGAAAUGUCCAAAAACUUCCCUGCAAUAACCGCGCUGGAGUGGUCACCGUCUCACAACCUCAAGAGCCUGAGAAAGAAGCAGCUGGCCACCCGAGAGGCCAUGGCCCGCCAGACGGUGGUCUCGGAUGCCGAGCUGAGCAUAGUGGAGUCGUCUGUGAUCAGCUUGCUGCAGGAAGCGGAGAGCAAGGCCGAGCUCAGUCAGCACAUCUCAGCCCGGGAGCAUUUUGUGUUCACGGACAGCGACGGGCAGGUGUACCACCUCACCGUGGAGGGCAACUCGGUGAAGGACAGCGCCCGGAUCCCGCCAGAUGGCAGCAUGGGCAGCAUCACCUGCAUCGCGUGGAAAGGGGACACAUUAGUGCUUGGCGACAUGGAUGGAAAUUUAAAUUUCUGGGAUUUAAAAGGCAGAGUAUCCAGGGGGAUCCCCACCCACCGGAGCUGGGUGCGGAAGAUCCGCUUCGCCCCAGGGAAAGGAAACCAGAAGCUAAUCACCAUGUACAACGAUGGAGUGGAAGUGUGGGACACUAAGGAGGUCCAGAUGGUGAGCAGCUUACGAAGUGGCAGGAACGUGACCUUCCGGAUCCUGGACGUGGACUGGUGCACGUCGGACAAAGUGAUCCUGGCGUCGGACGACGGGUGCAUCCGAGUCCUGGAGAUGUCCCUCAAGUCCACGAGCUCCCGGAUGGACGAGCAGGAGUGGAUCGAGCCUGUGUGGUGCCCAUAUCUCCUGGUUCCCAGGGCCUCCCUGGCCUUGAAAGCCUUCUUACUGCACCAGCCUUGGAAUGGACAGUGUUCUCUGGACAUUUUUCAAGUUGAUUAUCCCGAAAACGAAGAAAUAAAGACUCUCAUUCAAGAGCAGUUGAAUUCACUGUCCAAUGACAUCAAGAAGCUCUUGCUGGACCCAGGAUUCACCCUCGUGCAGAGGUGCCUGCUCGUCUCAAGGCUUUAUGGUGACGAGUCGGAGCUGCACUUCUGGACGGUGGCCGCCCACUACCUGCACAGCUUCUCCCAGGACCGGCAGGAGGCUGCUCCUCGGGACAAAGUGAACAACCCCCUGGACAUGUGCUACGACGUCCUCUGUGAAAAUGGCUAUUUUCAGAAAUUCCAGCUGGAGAGGGUGAACCUCCAGGAAGUCAAACGGUCAACCUACGACCACACCAGGAAGUGCACAGACCAGCUCCUUCUCCUGGGCCAGACAGACCGGGCGGUGCAGCUGCUGCUGGAGACCAGCUCAGACAACCAGCACUACUACUGCGACUCCCUGAAAGCCUGUCUGGUCACCACCGUCACCUCCUCGGGGCCCUCGCAGAGCACCAUCAAGCUGGUGGCAACCAACAUGAUCGCCAACGGCAAGCUGGCAGAGGGUGUGCAGCUGCUCUGCUUGAUCGACAAGGCUGCAGACGCCUGCCGCUACCUGCAGACCUACGGCGAGUGGAACCGGGCAGCCUGGCUCGCAAAAGUCCGUUUGAACUCUGAAGAGUGUGCCGAUGUCCUGAAGCGCUGGAUCGACCAUCUCUGCUCGCCACAAGUCAACCAGAAGUCAAAGGCCCUCCUCAUCCUGCUCUCCCUGGGCUGCUUCGCCAGCGUGGCUGAGACGCUCCACAGCAUGAGGUACUUUGACAGAGCGGCCUUGUUCGUGGAAGCUUGUCUGCAGUACGGCACCCUGGACGUCAAUGAAGAGACCGAGAAGCUCAUCUCCGCCGUCUCCGCAGACUACGCCCGGAGUCUGAGGAACCUGGGCUUCAGGCAGGGGGCUGCUCUUUUUGCCUCCAAAGCUGGAGCCGCGGGCAGAGGUUUGCUGGGUGAGCUGGAGAGCCACAAGGAAGAGCUGAUGGAGGAGUGAGGGGCCAAUCGGGCCAGGAGUACCUGACCGUGGGAGCCGCUGGGGCGAGGCCAGCCUGACUGUGGGCAUCAUCACAGCCCUGUGGAGGAAGAGGAGGCGGCCAGGCUGACCCUGCAGUGCAUCUGCUCCUCAGCGGGCCUUUGGGGGCCGUUUGUCCAAAUGCGUGCACGGCAGACUAUGAGCCUGUCCAGCGAGACGCCAGCCCUGCAUCUCGUAUUCCCUGCAGAGGACACGCCAGCGCGGACGACUGAACACGUAGAACCUUUUAUACAUGGUAGAAGGGGAGCAUUAUGAGUCCCUGGAAAUUCCUUCUUCCUUUUUUUUAAUUAAGAGUUAGGAGACUGACCUGCCUUCUCGGGCCCACACUGAAGGCCGCAGGGAGAGGCUGUGGUGAGAUUAGCUGGUGGCUUGUUCUUCAGUCUCGUGCGUGUCUGGAGACGCAGCCCACACCCAGAGGGGCAGACAGGCCAUUCCAGAAAGUGCAGUGGAAAGAUGGUAGGUUUGUUCUCGGUGUCUGAGCGGUGGACAAAGCGUUGAGCUGGCUGUGUCCUGGGUUGGGUGUCGUCUCGGCUCCGGAGCAUGUCUUCAGCUUCCUGCUCUGUCCCAGGGGUGCUGUGGGGUUCACCCCUCGUGCGACAUUCAGUGGCCUGGCUUCUCCAGUCUCUCUGCUCAGUGUGUCCUCCCAUGGCUGAAAUAAAUAUGUGAGCAUUGACUUAGAAAUCACGCUAAGAAUGUAAAUGGCUAGGAUGUGCAGGUGAGAAAUAAAAAGAAGGUUCCCUGCA